AGAAGGAUUAGGUGGAGGAGGUGACCGAGUGGCUUGACCAUGGAGUGCUGCUGGUAGAAAAGUGGGUGUGUCUUGGGGUCAGGCUAGAGUGCCUAAGGUCAAGAUGGAGGAGGGUGAUGGCAGUGAUUACAGCGAGGUUCUCCCAGAUUCAUUUCCGUCUGCCCCAGCUGAACCAUUGCCGGAGUUCCAGAGCGAGCCAGAGGAUGCCUUCAUUGUGAAAAACAGGCCUGUCAAACUCUCCUGCAAAGCUGCUCCUGCUACGCAGAUUUAUUUCAAAUGCAAUGGAGAAUGGGUGAACCAGAAUGACCAUGUCACCAAAGAGAGUCUUGACCCCAUCACAGGCCUGGUCAUGAGAGAAGUAGAUAUCUCUGUUUCCCGGAUGCAGGUAGAGGAGUUGUUUGGACUGGAGGAUUAUUGGUGCCAGUGUGUUGCCUGGAGCUCAGCAGGCACCACAAAGAGCCAGCGGGCGUACGUCCGUAUUGCCUAUCUAAGGAAGAAUUUUGAGCAGGAGCCACUCGGCAGGGAGGUGCGUCUGGAGCAGGAAGUGUUGCUACAGUGUCGUCCACCAGAGGGCAUCCCACCCGCUGAGGUGGACUGGCUGAAGAAUGAGGAGCUCAUUGACCCGGCUCUGGAUUCUAACUUUCUAAUUACCAUCGACCAUGACCUAAUCAUCAAGCAGGCUCGACUCUCUGAUACAGCUAACUACACCUGCGUGGCUCGCAAUGUGGUUGCUAAGCGACGCAGCAGCACUGCAACACUCAUCAUCUAUGUGAGUGGUGGCUGGUCAUCCUGGACAGAGUGGUCAGAGUGUAAUGCUCAGUGUGGGCGAGGCUGGCAGCGACGGACGCGCAGUUGCACCAAUCCAGCACCGCUCAAUGGAGGAGUGUUCUGUGAGGGCCCCCCAUUCCAGAGAGUCACCUGCACCACACUCUGUCCAGUGGACGGAGGUUGGACGGAGUGGGCCAAGUGGUCAGCUUGUGGGACAGAGUGCACACACUGGCGCAGCCGUGAGUGUCAGGCGCCCCAGCCACGUAACGGAGGACGCCACUGCAGCGGUAGUAUGAUGGAGAGCAAGAACUGCACAGAGGGACUGUGUGCCCGCAAUAAAAAGGUUUCUAUUGAACAUACAAGCCAUCUUCUAGGCUCUGGUGCUAGUAUAGCAGUGUAUGCUGGACUGGUGGGGGCUCUGCUACUCUGUGUGAUCCUUGUGUUGUGUGUGGGCAUCCUGGUCUAUCGCCGGAGCUGCCAUCAUCUCCACGGUGAAAUCACAGAUUCCUCGUCAGCCCUUACAGCUGCCUUCCACCCUGGCAAUUACAAACCACCACGACAGGAUAACCCCCAUCUACUGCAUCCGGCAGCCCCCCCUGACCUCACAGCCAGUGCCGGAACCUUCCGCGGGCCUCUUUUCUCUCUACAGCAGGCCACACUGGACUCUCAACACAAGAUCCCCAUGACCACAUCUCCUCUGCUGGACCCACUGCCUAGUCUGAAGAUAAAGGUGUACAACUCCUCCACCAUGUCCUCCCUCGAGCUGCCGACCGGCCCAGGCUCUAUGGAUGGAGAGAUCAUGAGCCUGAAGACAGUGGGCUCUGGAAUUAAAGAACUCUACGGGCACACUCUACCCAGGGAGCCUAGUCACAGUGCCAGUGCCACAAUGGGAUCCCUGGGUGGCCGUCUCACCAUCCCUAAUACAGGGGUGAGUCUGUUGGUUCCACCAGGGACAGUUCCUCAGGGAAAGUUCUACGAGAUGUAUCUCAUUAUCAUCAAAUGGGAGAAAACAACGUUACCAUCAGAUGGUAGUCAGACGGUGCUGAGUCCGGUGGUGAGCUGUGGACCCUCUGGUAUGCUGCUUAGCAGACCUGUGGUCCUCACUCUGCCCCACUGUGCCCAGCUUGAGCCCCCAGACUGGACCCUCACCCUCAAAAUGCAGAACCAUCAGGGGGCCUGGGAGGAGGUGCUAACUGUAGGAGAAGAGAGUUUGUCAUCACCCUGCUACAUACAGGUGGAGGAGCAGAGCUGUCAUAUACUGAUGGAGCAGCUGGGGACAUAUGGUCUAGUGGGGCAGUCGGCUCCCCCUCGGCCAGCCUGUAAGAGGCUGCAGCUAGUCUUGUUUGCUCCUCGGGCUCCGUGUCUCUCCCUGGAUUACAGCCUGAGAGUCUAUUGCAUACAGGACACCCCACAUGCCCUUAAGGAAGUGUUAGAGGUAGAGCAAAGUCUGGGUGGGGUUUUACUAGAGGAUCCCAAACUCCUCCUCUUUAAGGACAGUUACCACAACCUGCGGCUCUCAAUUCAUGACAUUCCUCAUUCUCAUUGGAGGAGUAAACUUCUGGCUAAGUAUCAGGAGAUCCCAUUCUAUCAUAUUUGGAGCGGGAGUCAGCGACCGCUGCAUUGCACCUUUAGUCUGGAGCGAGGAAGUUUGGUGGUUUCUCAGCUCACCUGCAAGAUCUGUGUCAGACAGGUGGAGGGAGAGGGACAGAUUUUCCAGCUCAACACUGACAUCCAAGAAACUUUGCCCCCCCACUCCCCACUGCCAGCAGGUGGCUCCUGUCUGCCUUCAUCUCAAGUGGGCACAUAUGCUUUCCGACUGCCCGUCUCCAUACGGCAGAAAAUUUGUGCCAGUCUGGAUGCCCCCAGUGCACGUGGCUGUGACUGGAGAAUGCUGGCUCGCAGCCUGGACUUUGACAGGUAUUUGAACUACUUUGCUACCAAACCCAGCCCCACAGGUGUGCUUCUAGACCUGUGGGAAGCUUGUCACCAGGGUGACGCAGACCUGGUCUCCCUGGCGACAGCUCUUGAAGAGAUGGGCAAGAGUGAGGUCUUGGUUGUCAUGACGACGGAUGGAGAUUGCUGAUUGGCAAAUCAAAAAGUGUGAAAUUGGGAUAUAUUUGCCACUUUAAACUUAGAAUUAAUGCAAGUGGAUGGAAAGAAUGAAACUGUGUAAGAUGCACAAACAAGGUUCCUGACCAUCCUUUCAACUUGCCUCUUACUUCGGUUCCAUUGCGAUCAUGCAGAAUCUCCCAAGGAUUACAACAUGGAUGAGCUGGGGUCCAGCAAUCUGAAUUAUCUUGAAGUAAUACAUACCUAUAUGAAGCAAACAGAACUAUACUGUAAUCAGACAACAGAGAUGUCAUAUGAAUUUGAAAAUUGUCACAAGAAUUGUCCGUCGUCUUCAGUGCAUUUGCUGGUGCGGUUAAAAAACACCAUGUGAGCAGCUUAUUAGUAGAUGACAGUUUCAUCAUACUGAUACACACUGAUUCACUGUUACAUGUGCAGAUACAAAUAGCGAGUGUGAGAGUACUGUACAUGAUCGAACAGCAUUGCACAUCAAGCCGCUGGCUUUGUUUCCUAGCGACCACUACAUGCUUAAAGACACUGAGAAUCGGUGUCCGGUAAAACAGCAGUGCGGCAAGCACCUCAGGAAAUGCACACAAUCAGAACUAUAGAUGAAAACACAGAUUUAAAAAAGGCUUGCCAAUAAGGAGCUAUGGUAAUCUGCACUAAAAUUAACAGUUAUUUUCAUAAUGGCAUAUGAUUUCACUUGAAACAAACCAGAUCAAUAUCAGACAAUGCUUAGAGUUGCUUCACUUGGACUUUGAAGCAUUAUUUUCUGUGUUUGUCUUUUGAAAUAGCAUACAGGAACGGAUUUCAGCAUUCUCGUUAGCAGAGGACCAGUUGUUUUGCUAUAUUACCUUCUUUCUCUGAUCAUGCUUCCAUUAGCCUCAUGUAUCUGGCUUUUCUUUAAAACAAUCUUCUAUUUGAUCCAUAAUUUGUAAUGCCGGAAAGCUUUCUGGUAAACUCAUAUUAGUUUCCUAUAGGGAACGGACAUUUAUAAGUUAUUAUCCCUAUUUGUGGAUCAUUGUUUUUCACUCUUCUACUAAUAGCUGCUGUUCUGUUCAUAAUCUUUGGUCUCAUUUGUUUUUAAAUUGCAUUGUUGCAUUGUCUCAGACUGAACAUAAUCAGGAUAGCAGAGAGCAGUAUAAACAAAGGAUAGUUCACCCAAAAAUGAAAAUUCUCUCAUCAUUUACUCACCCUCAUGCCAUCCCAGAUGUGUAAGAUAUUUUCUUCUGCUGAAUUUUAGCUCUGUAUUUCCUCACAAUGCAAGUGAAUGGUACCAACAUUUUUAAGGUCUAAAAUCCACAUAAAUGCAUCAUAAACAUAAUCCAUAUGGCUCUAGUGGUUAAAUCUAUAUCUUCAGAACCGAUGUGAUUGGCGUGGGUGAGAAACGGAUCCAUAUUUAAAACUUUUUUUACUAUAAAUUCUCCCUGCCCAGUUGGUGGCACUAUGCAUGAAUAAUGCGAAUCGUCGUAAACAAAAGAAAUAGAAUGUGAAAGGCCCCAUUUCCAACUUGUAUUAAGAUGAGUUUCGGGUGAUCCAAUCACAUGUGGUCAGCCCUAAAUGCAGGCCUAAACAGGGUCUAAAACAUCUUGCAAUCGGAUAACAGAAACCAUAUAAAAUGUGAUCAAAAAUGCAUGUGUCCAAAUGUACACAAUAAUCUGUCUUGUAUGCAUCCUGGCAGCAGUUAUGCACCACCCUCAACCAAAAAAAGUGUUUAAACUUUGCCGUUUACGAGCAAAUUUAAAAGGAGUCAGAUCGGAUUAAAAAGUGCGUACAUACACAGUCACGAGUGCUUCACAGAUCUUCUUUAGUGUGUAUGAUAUCAACACAGAUGACAAGCACGAACACCUGAAGCUCCUUUAAUACUGGUAAUCCUCUAAAAUAAUGGAUAAUUCAAACACAAGUGGUCACAGGAGAUGCAUUGAAGUGACCUGGUGAACUGUAAAAAGCGAUGUGUCUCACCUGACCACAUGGGAUCGGAUCGCACUAGAUGCAUCAUUAUAUCAAGGGAAAGUGGAGCAUAAUAUAAAAUAAUUAUCUGUUUUUCACCCUUCUGAAGUUAUAGAUUUAACCACUGGAGUAAUAUGGAUUACUUUUAUGCUGCCUUCAUCUCCUUUUAGAGCUUCCAAAUUGUAUGGACCUACACUGAGCUGAAAUAUUCUGCUAUAAAUCUUUGUUUGUGUUUAGCAGGAGAAAAAAGUCAUACAUAUCUGGGAUGGAAUGAGGGUGAGUAAAUGAUGAUCAUUUACAUUUUUGGGUAAUUUCUUUUAAGAUGUUUUGUGAUCACCUUUUCUAAAAAAAAAAAAACAAUAUAUGUGCAUCACAAGUGAAACUGGAUUAUUUUUGUACUUAAUUUUUUUAGGUUAAAGGUGCAGAUUUCACCCAAAAACAUAAAAUUCUGUCACUUUUUACUCUCCCUCUUAUUAUUUCAAACCUGUAUGACUUUCGAUCUUCCACAAACACAAAAGGAGAUGUUAGGCAUGUUAGUCUAAUUCAUAAGUUUCCAUGCAAUGAAAGUGAUCGGUGACUAAAGCUGCAAUUCGGCCAAAUAUCUACUUUUGUGUUCUUGGAAGAAAGAAAUUCAUGUGUAUGGAACAGCAUGAGGCAGAUUGAUGACAGAAUUUUCAGUUUUUGGUGAACUAUCCCUUUAAAUGUUCUUUGAUCCUCAUUGGGUAAGUGCUCUGCAAAUAUGCUGUGUUGUUUAAAUGAAAUUGCACGGGUGGCAGAAAGCCCUUUCCUGGGUUUGAUGCCAGUCUGUUGUGCUGUUUAAGUUAUAGUAGCCUUGAGAGGUUGUAUAAGUGCUCUGUUAAUUGCACUAUGACCCACUUUCUCCUUAUUAUUAGUUUUGACUUUUGGGUUUUAAUGGGUUCCCCUUGAGUAAGACUUCAAGCCAUGUCCUGGACUGCUUAUUAUCAAAAGUAAUGUAAUAUGUGCAGUGGACUUGAAAACAGUAUGCUUGGUUCACUUAUUUUAGUUUUUCUUGACCUUUUCUUCAAAUGUGUUCAAAUGUCUGGCAACAAACAAAAGGAAGCCUGCAGUAUCUGUCCAUGCCUUUAAAGGUGUGAAUUAAAUAACCGAGGUGUUUGUGUGUGUGUGAGAGAGAGAGAUAAUAGUAUGUGAGAGAUUGUGUUUGCGCUAACCUAUGAGUCACUACAGUGCUACGGUAUGAACAGGCUUCAUCAUAUGUUGUCACUCUUUUCCCAUUAAAGGAACUAUGCAAAUGCACAACAAAAGUGAAUCUGUGGCCGUCUUGAUGUCUUGUGUAUGAAGUACGUGGAAUGGGAUGCUGAUCACUGCUUUAACAAUGCUAAGGGGAAAUAGGACCUCUCAGCAGUAAUAAAUGCAAACAAAACUAUUUGUUUUGUAAUUGGUGGUCAGGGAUCCAUGACCUCCCAGUCAUUCCUCAACAACGAACAGUUUGUUCAGAGGAUUAUUUAUAACAUUCUACAGUACAUGCAAAAGACUGAAAAAAACAUUCAAAAUCCCUGAUGGCUUCAGAACUCUGAAACUUUAAUGUCCUUUAAAGCUCUGAAAUGUCUCCAAUCAUCUCUCACCCAGUGUUACUGUACAUGAAAAGGCCUUUGAGCAUUUCACAUGUGUGAAGCUGCUUUGGGUCUGCUUCUCUCUGGAUGAUAGUUGCUGUCCAAAGAUGCUCACUUGUGGCUGAACUUAAAUCUUUUUUUUUGUUGUUCAGAUGUCAUUUUAUAUGAAAGAGGAUGAAGUCAGGAGAGUUUUUUUUUUUUUUUUUCAUUUA